AUGUUUUCCUAUCUGCGACCUCAUCACAAGCGGACGCCGUCGAAUCCAACGUCCCCUGCAGAACAGUCGCAUUCCUUCGAGCCACCCUUACAUCACGCCCACCCUCAACGAUACCCAGAUGCGGGCCCACGAGAUGCAUCAGCGACCUCACCGCCUCCAUCGUUACCUCCAAUUGCGCGUGUGUCGUCAGUCGAGUCAAGUCUAGGCAGCUCAAGGGUGGGGAAAUACGAGGGAGAUACGAGGACUCAAAACCUAGAUUCUUCAAGGAAUACGACGCGACCGCGAGAUACAUAUGGCUUCGGUAAUCACCAGAAAAUACCUUAUGUCGAAACGCAGCGGCCGGAGUCGGCCGGAAAUCCUAUCCCAACGAAUUAUACGAGUCCACAGUUCACACGGCCGCAGACUGGCAUGAAUCAAGAACCGCUCUCUAGACCAAAGCCUGGCGAAACAGCCCAUGGAUUUGUCACGGCCUCAGAUCUAGAAAAGAGGGCGGGACAGAGUGGGAGGAGACCAAAUGGAGCGAGGCUACCUAGCCCACCACCUGCUCCUGCGAGUAAUUACUCUACUUAUCUCGAGCCGGCACAACAACGAUCGGGGAAGACGAGACUCAAUCUCCUAAACCCCAUGUCACUUCUUGCUCGACGGAGGACUGCGCAGACGGUCGCGCAGCUCUCUCCAGAGGCUCUGGUAUCAAAUCGAGCAGGAAAUGAGAAGGUCUUUGAUCCCCGAAUCAAAGGGACAGUAGUCCACGAUUUCAGUGCCCCACGAACGAGGAGAAACGUGUCGUACAACGAUGUUCGAACAUUAGACGUGAACAUCAGCAAUUCGAGACAAUUUCAGCGAAGUCCUAAUGGCGACCUCAACGCUACAGAUGAGAGUACCGUGACCAGUCCAUGGAGCGGUGGAAAUCACACCCCAGUCUUCACGGAGAAUUUCGAGGAGGAGCAAUAUCCAGCAGCGGGUCCCCAUGUGCGGAAAGCAAGUGAUUUGACUGAUCUGCCGCUACCGAAGCCUCCUUACGCCAAAGGCGUCCAGAAAUCAGUCGAGUCUAAUUCGUCAUCAAAAAGCAAUGAGGCAACACAGAAGCAAAUCCAGGCGGCGAGGAGGAUAAGUGCGAGGAGACCCGCCCGGGACGUUCCUCCGCCGGUGCCACCCAAGGAAGGAGAGCCAAAACGGGUGAGCAUAGACCCUUCGUCGACGCCACCGAAAACUACUUCAUUGAAGAAAGGACGUCCUCGUAAUGUCUCAGAGGUGUCGACUAAGGACGCCGCUAUUCCGAAACAAAUGAAGAGCACGUCCUCGCGGUUCAGUUUCGAUAUGAUUGGUGCUGCUGAGCAGGAACGAUUGCUGGAGGAUAGACAUCGCAAGAGGGCACUCGAGAAGAGAGCAGAGCAGGAUGAGGAUGAUCGGUUGGAGGAUGAGUUUGAGGAUAAUUAUGACUUUGACAUGGACGACGACGAUGGGCUGGAGGAGAGGAUACCUGGUAUCAACGCCGAUCUGGACGAGGACGACUUUGAAGAAAGGAUACCGGGCGUCAACACCGAAUUGGAGGACGAUUUGGAGGAAUUGAUCUCAGGUGUCAAUGCCGAGUCGGAUGACGAAGAUCCUUAUAUUUUCGGAGAAGACGAUAGGAACCUUGCCGGAUUUACGUUUCAGCAAUCUUCUCUGGCUAGCCCGAUGAGCCCGUCUACUCCUGGGAUGGUGAGCACCCCACGAGACGCCAAUGGCGAGGUUAUUGGUUUCGCAAUGACGAAGAAUUCUCCUCAUAUUCCUGAUGGAGCAAGUCGAGAACCGACGAUGAAGCCACCUUCAUCCAGUUUCCGACCUGAAGACCAUUCUUCAGAAGCCCAAGGUUUAGGCUUGGAAGUGGAAGGACUCAAGCUUUCACCAAAACCUCAACGCUUGGAUACUGAGGCUAAAGAGUUUCCUGAACCAGCAGCCCUGGAUGACGAUGACCUUUACUUUGAUGACGGCCUCAUUGGUGUUGGUGGACCAGAAGACUUUGAUGAUUCUGUCGAGUUCGAUGAGUCAGUGUUUGACCAAAUUGACACUGAUGAGUAUGGAAGACCGCUGAGAUCACUAUCUUCCUUGCCGACAUUAUACUCUCCACCAAUGUUUACAGCCGAUCCAUCACCAGCCUUGAACAAAGCUGUGGAAAAUUCCGUUGAAGGACAGGAUCCCCUCACACCAGGCACUCUACCUCUACUAGUUCCACAACCUUCCAUAUCAGGGUUCCACCCACCGAAUUCCUCCAUAGCACCCAGUCUAACGCAAGACACCUUAGCAGCAUAUCAAUCAGCACUCGCAGAAGCAGCAUGUUCUGCUGCAGCCAACGGGAAAUUUCGUCGCGACAGCACAAACGCAACCCCCUCCGAACAAGAAGACCCGCACCCAGGACUGGUCACAGACUCGAGCCACACUUCACACUAUGAACCCUUCUCUCCAACUUACGAAAUAGAAGAUGACUUCGACUACGACGAUGCCCUCGAAGACGACGCCAUCAUUGCCGCUGCAAACGCCGAAGCACUGGCCAACGACUGCGAUGGCUUCUACGGGCAAGAAUUCGGCUUCUAUUCAGCUCCCGCCGCCAGCGAAGCAGAAUACGUUAAUGGCGGUUAUUUUGGUCCCCGCGGUGUAGAAGGCAUCAAUCGCUCCCAGAGCGGACGAGUCGUCUCGCGCGAACCGAAUUUAACGCCUAUUACCGAGCGUAGCGAAUACUCGAACCGCAACUCGUUUAUGAGUUUCUCGAUGAAUGGUCCUGGCGCUAUUCAGUCUCCUGGCCUUGCGCAAUUGGCGGGAAUGUUACGGAGUCCAAUCGAUUAUGAAGGGGACAUGAGUCUUGAUGCGCUUCUAAAGCUCAGGAGAGGUGCCUGGGGCGGAAGUCAAGCGAGUCUGCAUAGCAGUAAUGGCAGUCCCCGCUCGACCGGCGGUCAGGAAGAGACCAGUCCAGUGGGACAACUUCCUCCUUGGGCCCAGGGCGGCGCGAUCGCCAACCCAACUACCCUUGGGAGCGGAGGGCACUGGAGGAAAAAUAGCGGCUUUAGUCUCGUGAGCGAGGCGCCUAGUGGUGUGGGGACGGGUGUGCAGAGUGAGAGCUCGAGUGUACCUGGGAGUCCAACUAUGGCGAUGAGUAUGAGCCAUCUUGAUAUUGUGAAGGAGCAUGAAGAUCACAAGGACGAGGACACCGUUACUAAAGAUGAGAAGGAUAAAGGGAAUGGACAGGAUGGGGAGAGGGAUAAGGAAAAGGAGAAAGAGAAGGGGAUCAGGAAACAUAGAUAUACGGGGAGUGCGGAGAGCAUUAGCUAUCUGAAGGAGGAUGAUCCUGUUUCUGGUGAGAGAUGGAUUCUGGAAAGGAGGCGCACGGGGGAGAGUGGGGAGGUGGAAUUCUUGGGUCGGGAGGUGGUGAGUGGUGGGAGGAUUUGA